CCAGUAAUCGAAUCGGAGCUCCGAUCCACACUGAAAAUGGCAGAGCAAGUUGAGCAUUCAGAGCACAAAGAAGAAUCGUUGAUGGAGAAAAUAGCUGACAAGAUUCACUUCGACCGUUCCUCGUCGUCCGAUUCAGAUUCAGAGGUGAAACCUGCUGCCGCGCCGGAAGCGUCGCCGUCGCCGUCGCCGUCGUCGGUUAAGGCUAAGAUUUGGCGGCUGUUCGGAAGAGAAAAGUCAGUUCACCAUGUUUUUGGUGGAGGCAAACCUGCUGAUGUAUUCUUGUGGAGGAACAAGAAGAUAUCUGCUAGUGUACUUGGUGGAGCAACUGCAAUAUGGGUUCUUUUUGAAUUGCUCGAGUACUUCCUGGUUGGUCUAGUCUGUCACUUGUUGAUCUUCACCCUUGCUGUCUUAUUCUUGUGGUCCAAUGCAACAACCUUUAUUAACAAGAAACGUCCACACAUCCCAGAAGUUCAGCUUCCAGAGGAGCCAAUACUUGAGAUUGCUUCAGCUCUGAGUAUUGAAAUUAACCGUGCUCUUAGCAUGUUGCGAGAAAUCGCAACUGGGAAAGAUCUGAAGAAGUUCCUUGCUGUCGUUGCUGGUUUAUGGAUCCUCUCAGUUGUCGGCAAUUGCUGCAACUUUCUGACACUGUUCUACAUAUUAUUCGUACUCCUCCAUACUGUCCCUGUUCUUUACGAGAAGUAUGAAGAUAAAGUUGAUCCAUUAGCUGAGAAAGCAAUGCAGGAGAUCAAGAAACAAUACGCCGUCUUUGAUGCCAGAGUUUUGAGUAAAAUUCCCAUAGGGCCAUUAAAAGAUAAGAAAAACGCGUAGUUGUGCUGUGAGCUCUACUUGUCGGGCAGGAAUAUUCUGGCUACUGUGAGUUUUCAGAAUUUUACUAUACUAUUUCUCGUGUUUACAUUGGCGGCCUUUAGGCAUCUUAUUUAUCUGCAUUUGGAACUUUAUUGCCUUCUGGGAUCUCUACUUGCCAAUAUAUUGAAAGUCCAGCAGGAUUAGUUUA